AAUUCUUGAUAAAAGAAUAUCAACCCUUGACUCAAAGAGUUGAACUAAUUCCAGCAAUUUGAAUUCAAUAUUUUGUAAGGGUGAUGUCUUUCGAGAGCAGUUUAGAAAGUCAAAUAGAGAAGUUACGCCGCUGCGAGCUGAUUAGCGAGAAAGAGGUGGAGGAGCUUUGUGCGAAAGCAAAAGAAAUCUUAUUAAGCGAAGGAAAUAUCCGUGAGGUCCAUACACCAAUUACCGUCUGCGGAGAUAUUCAUGGCCAGUUUUAUGAUCUGCGCGAAUUGUUCUUUAUUGGAGGCGACAGUCCUGAUACGAAUUACCUGUUUAUGGGUGAUUACGUUGAUCGAGGCUAUUAUAGUAUCGAGACGUUUUUGUUGCUUCUGGCUCUAAAAGUGCGUUAUCCAGACCGUGUGACUCUUCUUCGUGGCAAUCAUGAAAGUCGUCAGAUAACCCAAGUGUACAGUUUUUACGACGAGUGUAUGCGGAAGUAUGGUACUGUGAAUGUAUGGAAGCAGUGUGUGGACGUAUUCGAUUGUCUGAACCUUGGCGCGUUGAUCGAUGAUCGCAUUUUCUGUGUGCAUGGCGGUCUUUCUCCCUCGAUCACGACUCUGGACGCGGCCCGCUCGAUCAACCGCGUGCAGGAAGUACCCCUGGAGGGAGGGAUCUGCGAUCUGCUGUGGUCGGACCCGGAAGAAGAUGUGUCUGGAUGGCGCGUGAGCUCGCGCGGAUGCGGAUACAUCUUCGGAAGCGACGUGGUGAGCAAGUUCAACGCGGAAAACAACCUGAAUCUGCUGUGCCGAUCGCAUCAGCUGGUGAUGGAGGGAUUCAAGUGGAUGUUCAACAACCAGCUCGUGGCGGUGUGGUCCGCGCCCAACUAUUGCUAUCGCUGCGGAAACAUUGCGUCUAUCAUGGAGGUCGACGAGUAUCUGCAGAGCACUUUCAAAACGUUCGACGCUGCGCCACAGAGCGAGCGGAAGGAGCCUUCAAAGAACUUGCCGCCAGAUUACUUCUUAUAAGGAUGGAGAGGCUCGCUGGGUGUACUUGUGUUUGUAUGGAUUGUUUGUUGUCAGAACAAUUACAUUAAUACUAAUAAAAAUAGGAGUAGUAGCUAACAAAAUAGUGAGAUGAAGCAAGUGGUCGUAGCAUCGAAGAACCCAUGCAAGGUAGAAGCAUGCAAGAAGGCGUUUGAACGUGUAAGAAAACGAUCGCAGGUGGUAAUUGACUAGGUUUUCCCAAACGAGACAUUUGAGUUUGUACCGUGCUCUUCAGAUAGUGGUGUUAGUGAUCAGCCAUUUAGUGAAGAAGAAACAGAAGAUAUAUAUCAGCUAUAGUCGUUUUUCCUUCAUCUUUUCCUUCAAUCCUUAACACCUAAAUCGGUGAGCGGACCCAAAAUCGUGUGAAUAACAAACACGGAGUGAUUAGGGAUCAAACAAUCAGCUUUGCAAUGCCAUAAAUCACAGCAACAAUAGCAACAAAUACUGAAAACAGAAUAAGAACUCGCUUGUUAUUGGUCUGGUAAGCAUGCGUUUCAUUCUCCGGAAUUCCAGGCAAUGGAAGACCACACUCGACGUAUUCUUUACUUUCGAACACAUCAUCCAGCGUUUUGUUCCAGGUACUUCGCACAGCGUCGAACCAUUCCUCCUUCGUCUGGUAGUUCUCAGGGUGAAGAACCUCUGAGAUGGAUGUAUAGAUAUCCACGUCGUAGUUGAAGGAGAGCUUCUUCUCGUUGAGAAUAAACUCCUUGUUCUUUGACAGAACGCACUGGCACGGAACUUUGAGAUUCCAGGCGACUUCCAGAACGCCCGUCUUUAUGGGUAGCGAACCCUCGCCAGUGUAACGAUGACCUUCAGGAGUCAAGAGGCAAAAAGAGAAAUACCGUAACUCCCAGUUAUGUCGGAAAAACUCGGUAAACCAAACUCUGUUAAUGUUUCUCCUUCUUCUAAACAGCCAAAUGUAGUUAUGGAUCCAGGCAGUAAAUGCCAUGCCAGGAACACCCACGCAAACCAUGAGACGUGCAACAUAGCUCGAACCACCACAGAGAG